GCCGGAGCUUUUACAAAGGGGGAGCGUUAUUCGUAGGCUGCCAUCAUGGAUCAGCCUGUGAAGCUCGCCAUCGUGAUGAAGGUCAUCGGACGCACAGGAUCUCGUGGACAGGUCACACAAGUCAGGGUGAAGUUUCUGGACGACCAGAACCGCCUCAUCAUGAGGAACGUGAAGGGACCCGUGCGUGAGGGUGACAUCUUGACACUCCUGGAGUCAGAGCGCGAGGCCCGCCGCUUGAGAUGAGAGGGCCUUCAGCGGAGAGGCUGGCAGCUGUGACGGAUAAAGACGCGCCACAGGGCAGUUUGAGCCUCAGUUGUCAAGACUGUCUGUUCUCCACCAAGCAAGAUAGUCAGCCACGCAGCAGCACUGCGUGUGUUUUUAUUCCUAAUGCCCAUGCCAACUUGAUAGGUGCAAGAAAGCGUUUCAGGACUCCUUUCGAAUUGAGCAGUUGGGCAUGGCUUGCUACUUGCAAGUAUUGCUAAGCGCAGUGUCUGUGUAAAGCUUUCAAGAC